GACCAAGAGAGUACAAUACAAUACGAGUAUCCCAGUCGGUAAGACGGUAACGAGCUUAUAUUAUUAAAAACAGAAAAAACUGUUGAAAAGAAAGAAGGAAAACGAAAUCAACAACAAUAAAUAUGAAUAACUCACUUUGAACCUUCCUCGAAACUUCCCAGUUUCUAGUCAUCACCCCCAGAGUGUGUGAACAUUGCCAGAGAAAAAGCCAGGAAGAAAAAAAAAAGUAAAGAAACAUACAGAUUUCUGUUGGGUAGGAGAGAAAAUUGAGUAUAAUUGUAAGAAAUGCAGUAAAAAGUUGGUUCGAAAUCUUAGAAAAAUUGAGUGUCAUCUCUCCUGCGAAGGUAAAUCAAAAAGAUAUCAUUAAAAUAUGGAAGUUGAGUUCAAAGGUUCGCCGUAUCGCCGGCAAAAGGAUUUGGAGAGAGAUGGGAGCAGUCGAGGCGAUUUCUCUGAUGAUGACGGCGGUUUUAGUCCUUUUGAUAUUACUACUACUAAGAAUGCUCCUAUUGAACGCCUCAAAAGAUGGAGGCAAGCAGCCCUUGUUCUAAAUGCUUCUCGAAGAUUCCGUUAUACAUUGGACUUAAAGAAGGAAGAAGAGAAAAAAGAAAUAAUAAGGAAGAUCAGAACGCAUGCUCAAGUUGUACGGGCUGCCAAUCUGUUUAAAGAAGCUGCUGAGAGAGAAAAGGUAACCCAAGAGUAUCCUGAUGUUCCACAUGGUGAUUAUGGAAUUAAGCCAGAUGAACUUGCUGCUAUGUCAAAAGAACAUGAUUUAUCUGUUCUACAGCAGUUGGGUGGGGUAACUCAAUUAGCUGAAAAGCUUAAAACAAAUUUAGAGAAGGGGAUUCCAGGAAGUGAUGAAGAUAUUCUGCAAAGGAAAAAUGUAUAUGGAACAAACACUUAUCCUCGAAAGAAGGGGCGAAGUUUUUGGCGGUUCCUUUGGGAGGCUUGUCAAGAUUUGACUUUAAUAAUAUUGAUGGUAGCUGCCGUGGCAUCUUUGGCUCUCGGUAUUACAUCAGAGGGAAUCAAACAAGGAUGGUAUGAUGGUGGUAGCAUUCUCUUUGCAGUUUUCCUUGUUAUUGUUGUUACAGCCGUCAGUGAUUACAGACAAUCUCUCCAGUUUCAGAAUCUGAACGAUGAAAAAAGGAAUAUACACCUGGAGGUUAUCAGAGGGGGUAGAAGGGUGGAGAUUUCAAUCUUUGACAUUGUAGUUGGAGAUGUCAUACCUCUUAAAAUUGGUGAUCAGGUGCCUGCUGAUGGAGUGCUAAUAUCUGGUCAAUCUCUUGCAAUUGAUGAGUCAAGUAUGACUGGAGAGAGCAAGAUUAUUACCAAGGAUACAAAAUCACCCUUCUUAAUGUCUGGCUGCAAAGUAGCUGAUGGCUAUGGAACUAUGCUGGUCACAAGUGUGGGUGUAAAUACGGAAUGGGGUAUGCUGAUGGCCAGUAUUUCAGAAGACACUGGUGAAGAAACACCAUUGCAGGUGCGUCUCAAUGGCCUUGCGACUUUUAUUGGUAUUGCUGGUUUAACUGUGGCCUUUGUUGUUUUAGUUGUCCUUCUUGCUAGGUACUUUACUGGUCAUACAGAAGAUGCUAAUGGAACUCCACAGUUUCAGAAAGGAAAGACAAGUGCAAAACAUGCUAUAGAAGGAGUCGUCAAGAUUGUCACUGUUGCUGUGACUAUUGUGGUUGUUGCUGUGCCUGAAGGUCUUCCUUUAGCUGUCACUUUAACGCUUGCAUACUCGAUGAGAAAAAUGAUGAGGGACAAGGCUUUGGUACGAAGGCUUUCGGCUUGUGAAACCAUGGGUUCUGCGACUACAAUAUGUAGUGACAAAACUGGAACGUUGACCCUGAAUCAGAUGACUGUCGUGGAGGUUUAUGCUAAUGAGAAGAAAAUUGAUCAGCCAAAUGAUGGUUCAUUAUUGUCUCCUAAGUUGUCCUCUUUACUCAUCGAGGGUAUUGCGCAGAAUACUACUGGCUGUGUUUUUCUGCCUGAGGGUGGAGGGGAUGUUGAAAUCUCUGGAUCACCAACAGAAAAGGCCAUCCUUUCAUGGGCAGUUAAGCUCGGAAUGAAUUUUGAUGCUAAAAGAGCAGAGUCUACGAUCAUCCAUGCAUUUCCUUUCAACUCUGAGAAAAAACGGGGAGGUGUUGCAGUUAAAACACCUGGUUCUGAAGUCCAUGUACAUUGGAAGGGGGCUGCUGAAAUUGUCCUUGCUUCGUGCACCAGUUACUUGGAUGAUAAUGACUCCGUGGCUUCACUAGAUGAGCAUAAGUUGGCAUUUUAUAAGAAGGCUAUUGAACAGAUGGCUGUUCAAAGUCUUCGUUGUGUUGCCAUUGCGUAUAGACCAGUUGAGUUGGAUAAAGUGCCGUCUGAUGAAGAGCAACUAUCUCAGUGGGCGUUGCCAGAUGAUAAUUUGGUUUUGCUAGCAAUUGUUGGUAUAAAGGAUCCUUGUCGCCCUGGAGUCAGAGAUUCCGUUGAGUUAUGCAGGGCUGCUGGCGUAAAGGUGCGCAUGGUCACUGGUGACAAUCUUCAAACUGCUAAAGCUAUAGCUCUGGAGUGUGGCAUCCUAGCUUCAGAUGCAGAUGCUAAUGAGCCAAACUUGAUUGAGGGAAAGUCAUUUCGUAGCAUGUCGGAAUCUCAGAGAGAAGAGAUUGCAGAAAAGAUAUCCGUUAUGGGAAGGUCUUCACCUAAUGACAAACUUUUGCUUGUCCAAGCUUUGAAGAGGAGGGGUCAUGUUGUAGCUGUCACUGGUGAUGGAACCAAUGAUGCUCCAGCAUUACAUGAGGCAGACAUUGGUCUUGCAAUGGGUAUUGCUGGUACAGAAGUGGCAAAAGAAAGCUCCGAUAUCAUCAUCCUGGAUGAUAAUUUUGCUUCUGUUGUUAAGGUUGUUAGAUGGGGUAGAUCUGUGUAUGCAAACAUUCAGAAAUUCAUUCAGUUCCAACUUACAGUCAACGUGGCUGCCCUCAUUAUAAAUGUUGUUGCUGCAUUUUCCUCUGGUGAUGUUCCAUUGAAUGCUGUACAGCUUCUCUGGGUCAAUCUGAUAAUGGAUACUCUAGGAGCACUUGCAUUGGCUACAGAACCACCUACAGAUCACCUUAUGCACAGACCUCCUGUUGGUCGAAGGGAGCCUCUUAUAACAAAUAUUAUGUGGAGGAAUCUAUUGAUACAGGCUGUGUAUCAAGUGAUUGUUCUGCUUAUACUCAACUUCCAAGGUCGAAAUAUCUUACAUUUGCGGCAUGAUACCACUGAACUUGCUAACCAAGUAAAGAAUACAGUGAUCUUCAAUGCAUUUGUCCUUUGUCAGAUAUUCAAUGAGUUCAAUGCUCGUAAGCCCGAUCAAGUCAAUAUAUUUGACGGAGUUAUUAAAAAUCAAUUGUUCAUGGGAAUAAUAGCAGUAACUUUAGUACUUCAGAUUGUGAUAGUUGAGUUCCUUGGCAAGUUUGCUAAAACUGUAAGGCUGAACUGGCAGAUGUGGCUUGUCUGCGUUGUCAUUGGUGCUAUCAGUUGGCCUCUUGCUGCCUUGGGGAAGUUGAUUCCUGUACCGAAAACUCCUCUAAGCAAUUAUUUAAAGUGCGGAAGGUCCCAACAGAGAAGUCGUCAUUAGUAAGGCUAGGGAGAGAAGACAGGGCAUCCAGAUGACAGUAUACUAUACAAUGAAAGUAGAUGAUAGCUUCAGAUUUUCUGCUCACUUUUGCUUUUGGCGACUAACAAACAUACGCGUUGAGGAAUUCUGGAACAUGCUUGUAAAUGCCCCUGAGGGUGGUUCAUCGCCAAUAUUGAUCUCGUGUCUCUGGAUGCUUGAGAUAGCAUUUAUCCAAACCUACUGAUUUGUGCCCUUGUGCAAUUUCAGGCUAGGGAGAGAAGACAGGGCAUCCAGAUGACAGUAUACUAUACAAUGAAAGUAGAUGAUAGCUUCAGAUUUUCUGCUCACUUUUGCUUUUGGCGACUAACAAACAUACGCGCUGACUUGUGGAUAGAAAUUUUCUUGCUAAUUUCUUGGGUGCCAAAUCUUUUGUACACAGAUUAAAUUGAUGAUUUUCACCUGACCACUACAUAUUUUGUCUGGGUUGUUGAUCAUGAUUGCGAGGUGUUGGUGUGUUGUGUUCACGGAUAGUUAACUUUUGUUAUAGCUGGGAAUUGAAAGGUAUAUGGCAAAAAUUGGGAUUCAAGAAACAAUUUCUCAUGUCGUUUCCACGGAAAGUGUUAAUAUUCGCUGCAA